UUAUCAAGACGUGCUUGUUAACAGGACAAACAGGAAGUGCGUAAGGUUUGGGAGAGUAGUUGAAAAGUAUUGUGGCUAAUGUAAAAAAUUACCUUAACGGUGCGUCGAGGAAUUGCCGAGUAAGUUGCCUUUGUUGUAACGAGGUGGUCUAUAUAAAUAGAAGUCAACCAUUGCUCCUUUUAUAAUUACAGUCGGAUACAUGUAGCCAGCCAGAUUUUACGCGUCACAGAGACUACAAAGGCGUUGAUUGAUUGCGUGAUGAUGUGUGCAACAGCUCUUUCUUCUUACUAGAUCAUUAUUUUAGGAUUGGUUUAGAGUGAUAGAGUAGCAUAGCACCUGGUUGCAACGUAUUCGCGACGUGGAGUGAGGAUGACAUUACAAGUGGGUUGCCUAUCAUUCAAGCAGCCGUAUGCAGGAUUAGUACUGGACGGUGUAAAAAGUAUUGAGACACGUUGGCGCCCUCUGCUAUCCACAAUGGAAAACUGCACUCUAGCUAUUCAUAUUGCGCAGAAGGACUGGGAGGCCGACCAGUGGAGAGACAUCCUCACCCAUACACUGGGAAUGAGCCACAUGCAAAUAGAGGAACUUCUAGCAUCCGGAGACAGAUUUGGCCGUGGAGUCGUAGCAGGCUUGGUGGAAGUGGGGGAGACCUGGUGCUGCUCUGACAAUGUGCCAGAGAAGGAUCUGAGGGAGCUGGAGAAGGCAGCAUUGCACACUGGGCUCACAGAGAAACACCUCACACAGCUGUCAAACCCACGCUGGCUCAAGGAACCCCUUUAUGCCAGAGGUCACAAAGACAUAUGGACAGUAGAUAUCCCAGUGCAAUUACUGCCAUCUGCGUAGUUGUAAUAAAAUAAUGUAUACUCAUUUUGUACUGACAGGAUCAUCUAUCAAGUUAGGGAGGCAAUAUAUUUGUAGACUACUCGCAUUCGCUUUAAGGUGCAAUAAAUGACCAAUGGACCAAA